UUAACCAUAAAGUCACUGUGCUGAGAAGAUCUUUUCUUUCUUUUUUUAAACCAUGGACAUUUUGGAGAAGCAGCUGAUUUGUCCAAUUUGCCUGGAAAUCUUUACAAAGCCUGUAGUGAUUCUACCAUGUCAGCACAACCUCUGCCGGAAAUGUGCAAAUGACAUAUUUCAGGCAUCAAAUCCAUACCUUCCUAGCAGAGGUGGAUCACUGACUUCAGGCGGCCGUUUCAGAUGCCCAUCCUGCAGGCACGAGGUUGUUCUGGACCGCCAUGGGGUUUACGGACUGCAGAGGAAUCUACUGGUGGAAAACAUCAUUGAUAUGUACAAACAGGAGUCCACCAGCAGCAAACCUGCUCCAGAGGGGACAGAUAACCAGCCCAUGUGUGAGGUGCAUGAGGAUGAGAAGAUCAACAUCUACUGCUUGACCUGCAGCAUCCCUACCUGCUCCAUGUGCAAGGUGUUUGGCUCUCACAAGGACUGUGAAGUGGCACCUCUCAAAAGUGUAUAUCAAGUUCAGAAGACAGAGCUGACAGACAGCAUAGCAAUGAUGGUGGGCAACAACGACAGGAUCCAAGGCAUCAUUAGUCAGUUGGAGGAGACCUGCCGGGCCAUAGAGGAGAAUGGCAGGAGGCAAAAGUUGCAGGUGUGUGAGAAGUUUGACCAUCUCUAUAACAUCUUGGAGGACAGAAAAAGAGAGAUGAGUCUCAGAGUGACAGCCGAGCAGGAGGAGAAGCUGAACUACAUCCGUGGACUCAAGAGGCAGUAUGAAGAUCACCUGGAGAGCGUGACCAAGAUUGUGGAGUCAGGGAUCCAAACGAUGGAGGAGCCAGAGAUGGCCGUUUUCUUACAGACCACAAAACCUUUGUUACAAAAGAUGGGCGAGGCCACAAAUACGUCCCACUUGCAAAAAGUAGAACGUGGCUAUGAAAACAUGGACCAUUACUACAUUGACUUCAAGAAAGAACGUGGAGCUCUAAGUGCUAUAAACUUCAUUACAGAUGAGAAUGAGGAAGAGGAAGACGGAGACAUAGUGGGAACAGAUAAGGAUGUCCCCAAACAACAGGCUACUUCAGGAGGAGCAAAUACAGGGUUGCUGAGCAGCCAACCUGCUCCUCUUCCUCUUCCAACUCCAGUCAAAAACACCAGCUCAUAGCUCUCCAAGCUGAGAAUAUACCACGGUUUAUAGAGCUCAAUUUGUAUGAAAAGUAAAAAAAAAAAGCUAAGUUGAUGAUUAGGGGUGGGGUUAACAUUUAUCUUUUUUUAAAACAUAAUAAAUCCACCAUCUUCUUCACUAGUACAGAUACAGCCAUCAAAGGCUUGAUUUGGCAUCUACAUGUGUAAAUGUUCAGGCAUCUUUAACCUAAUGAUCUAUGGAUAGUGAUGAAGCUUAAAAUAUGCAGAAGUGAUAACGUCUACAGCCUUAGCAUUUAUAACAUUUGGCCUGUUGCUAUGGUGAUACAGGAGUAAAUUACCUUUAAAUAAAUGUGAAUAAAAUUCACCCAACACAUAAGACAAUUCACAGAAGGGGAAAGGACACAGGAUGUGAAAGACAUACAUUCCUGUAGCACUGAUUUUAUUUGAUCUUGGUGAACUUGAUCAGUGAAUUCACAAGCUUUGGUCUUGUGAACCAAUCAGAAACAAGAAAGCAGGAUGGUAGUCUAUUUGGUCUGUAAAAAAAAUGAAGGAGCCUUUUAUUAUUGACUCACACUCAAACUGGGAGAAAAUUUUUUUUUACAUUUCUUGUCUCAUCCAUUAACAUAUGCUAAGGUUCUUGGGUUGAAAUAAACAUUUUCUCUCCACCUGCUAGAAUUUUCUUGUUAACACUUCUGAAUAUGGUAUGCUUCACAAAUAGCCGAUCCCCCUCCCCCUUUUUUUAAGAACUGGGGAAAAAAAGUUAAAUAUAAACUGUAAUGUUUUGGGAAAGCUCAUCCAAGAUGGAUUUGUGUGAUGGUUUUAUCAAGUCGGUACCAUUAGAUUGUUUAUUUAAAAGUGACAAGAUUUCCUCUUAACACACACUUGGGCUCAUUUUCAGUGUCACUAUGUAGAAGAUCAAAAGUCAAAGUCAGUCCCGUAUACGUUUUCGUACGUACGUUGGGGAGUGCCUGUUAGAGAGCACACUCUGUCUAGGCCACAGCAUGGUGAGGUAGGGUGGCCAGUUCCUUUCCUCGCCGCCUUUUAACUUCCCCAGUGUUUCCACCAGGUCCCCAUUCACUGCUGGGUGGACAGGAGGCGAGCCCCAGAUCACCAUCCAAGACGAGGCUCAAACCGGGGACCAUUCACUUAGUAGUCAAGCGCUCUAACCACUUGGCCUCAACGUAGAAGAUAAUCCAUGUUAAUUAUUCCAUCAUCAUUUCUCUGUGAACACAAGGGAUGUGUUGAGCCCAUUUUUAUUCUCAUCAUAUCACCACACAUGUAAUUCUAAUCAUUUUUCGGAGACUUCACACUCCACAGGUUCUUGUGGAAGUCAUCUCUCCCUGCUUUUAUUUAGCUUGUAAAAGCUGUUGCUGAUGUGGAUUAACUAUAAGGAAGUGGUAGUUCGUGUGUAUGAUGAAUGAGCUGAAAUAACCAUUCUGUUGCAUAACCUAUCCAUUAUGAACUGGGUUAAAUGAAGGAGUUGUGGUUCUGGUAUCUUUAAUGCUGAUUGGAAUGAGGACCAGAGCUCUGGGAAAACCCUGUCCCGAUGGUUUGAUCCUUGUUAGCAUGACUCACCUUUGUCAAUCCAGGUAUGAAUAUGAUGUUUGAGUGAAGAUAUGCUCAUCCUGGUUUGUCCAACUGGAGUGGAAUAGAUUCAAGAAAACUCAUUCAAACUGAAAAUCCAAUGUUUGUCCUCACAGAAGGUCUCCAGUUGCCACGUAAAGUAUAAUGAAUCACACCAGCUAAAUUUGUGUUGACCUCAAGUUAAGGAGCACGAACAUGAACGUAUAGUCAUUACAACCGUUAUUUAGUAGUCGUGAAGAACUCAGUGGAUGUUUUUUUUUCUCCAAAAGUGGAAGGAAAUUUAGUGCUAUACUCUACCAUGGCAUUUCUGUGAGGAACAGGAUGUCCUGAAAUGAUGUAAGAUGCCAUUACAGAAAUCCAGAUGUGAUUUAUUGUGACCGAAAUUCAAUGCUUUGUGAAGCAGCAUUUUAAGCAAUUCAAUUUCCACCCCCAAAGAAUUCUUUCCUCUGCAUUGUGCACAGAUUCUGUUUGGAUUUGAGGUGUUAAAAUGACCCACACAGCAAAGGCUGGAAUGAUUUAGGACAUGAUUUUCUAAAACGUCUCAAAGUCAAAAAUGGCAUUUAUAUGCAAGUAUUUUGAUUUAUUGGCCAAUUUAUUAAUGGUUUACUUUCAAAUGAAGGUGUAAAAUUAUGUGGGUUGUGUGUCUGCUUAUUUUUCUGACGUGUUAAGUGUGUACUCAUACACUCAGGACUGAGUCACGUUGUUUUGCUCGUUUUAUUGAUGUAAUGUCUUGGACAAGAGCAGCCAAGAGAAUAUUGAAUAAUAUUUUGGUAUUAUGAAUAUACAAGAGUCUUUGAAGCACUAGGAAGAAUGAG